AUGUCGAGGGUCAUAGAGGUUUGCCGGGAAUACCGCCUGCCUUUUGUUCUAAAGUUCGUCGACUAUGAGAAAGCCUUCGACAGCGUAGAAACGAAUGCAGUACUGUCAGCGCUGGUCGAUCAAGGUGUGGAUGCUUCGUAUGUGAGGACAUUAGCCAAUUGCUACGAUCGAUACACCACGAAGAUACAGUUUUUCCACCGCACCCUCACCAUACCCAUUGGAAAGGGGGUGCGACAAAGCUAUAAUGUAUCGCCGAAGCUGUUCACGACUGCACUGCAAUGGAUAAUGAAGUCACUUUCCUGGGAAGAAAAAGGCACACGUGUUGAUGGAAGAUUUCUCUCGAACCUUCAUUUCACGGACGACAUCGUUCUCUUUUCGAGCACUACCAGUGAAGCAGAAACGAUGCUUAACGAACUGAACGAAGCAGGAAAGAGAAUAGGACUGCGGAUAAACAGAAAGAAAGCACAGUUCAUGAAGAACGCCUACUACGAGGACAGAGAAACUUCGUCAUAG